CGGCGGCUGGCUAGGGAUGAAGAAUAAAAGGAAGCACCCUCCAGCAGUUCCACACACUCGCUUCUGGAAAGGCUGAGAUUAUCAAUAAGCUCCUAGUCCAGACGCCAUGGGUCAUUUCACAGAGGAGGACAAGGCUACUAUCACAAGCCUGUGGGGCAAGGUGAAUGUGGAAGAUGCUGGAGGAGAAACCCUGGGAAGGCUCCUGGUUGUCUACCCAUGGACCCAGAGGUUCUUUGACAGCUUUGGCAACCUGUCCUCUGCCUCUGCCAUCAUGGGCAACCCCAACGUCAAGGCACACGGCAAGAAGGUGCUGACUUCCUUGGGAGAUGCCAUAAAGAACCUGGAUGAUCUCAAGGGCACCUUUGCCCAGCUGAGUGAGCUGCACUGUGACAAGCUGCAUGUGGAUCCUGAGAACUUCAGGCUCCUGGGAAAUGUGCUGGUGACUGUUUUGGCAAUCCAUUUCGGCAAAGAAUUCACCCCUGAAGUGCAGGCUUCCUGGCAGAAGAUGGUGGCUGGAGUGGCCAGUGCCCUGUCCUCCAGAUACCACUGAGCCCCCUGCCCACGAUGCAGGGCUUUCAAAGAUAGGCUUUAUUCUGCAAGCAAUAAAAAUAAUAAAUCUAUUCUGCUAAGAGAUCACA